AUGGGCAAGGCUACUUCAUUGCCCAAAGUCGAACGCAAGCGACCGGUGUCCUGUCAUUUCUGUCGUUCGCGCAAACUGCGCUGCAGCCGGCAGCCUCCGUGCGCAAAUUGCAUGUCCCGCGGGAUUUCGUGCACUUUAUAUCCUGCAGAUACAAAUCCCGUGGAAACCCCGAAUCCUCGCGGACUUGUACAGGCGCCGGCGGCAAAUGCAUCCAAUGGGGAGCUUGUGGCGCGUAUCCUGCGCCUCGAGGAAAUCGUUCUAAGGCACACUGAUCAUGCCGCGCCUAUGCAUCGCCCAUGGCAAACCUCAUCGCUCACUACUUUUGCUCCAACCGAUGGAGGCAUUUCGUCUAAAAUUGAGGCUGAUAUCUUGGACAGGGUCUCCUACAAUGAAGACUGGUUUUCUCCAACAUACCUUUGGCCCAACGCCGGGCGGUCCACUUCGCUCCAGGAGCCUGUUCGAUGCGUAUGGCUGCCGCUGCGCGAGGAAGCGAGAAAGUUGUUUGAUAAAUACGUGCGGGAUGUGACGUUCAUCCAUCAUGUCAUCCACACACCGACAGUGCGUGCUCUUUUAGAUGAUAUCUAUGACAAGCUCGCACAAGACCAGCCAGUGGGCCCUGGACAGGUUGCUCUGCUCAUGGGUAUUUUCGGCAGCUCUUCAUAUGCUUGGACAUUCCAUGACAUGGAUCCAGCUAUGUUUGCGAAAUUCGAAGACGCCCAUAGUCAGUCGACUAUGUGGGUAAGGUCAUGUCUUGACUUGCUAGAUCAUUGCCGUCGUUGUUCUAUUCGGUCCUUUGAGGCUUUGCAAGCCACCGUCAUCAUCUUUUUCAUGCUUGUAAACCUAGAAGGCAUGACCUUGCGCUAUGCGUCUAUGGUGGGACAGGCUAUCUUGAUGGCUCGAGAAAUCGGCCUUCAUCGACUAGAUCAUCCGAAUUUUGCCACGAGCGAACAGGCGCCAGCACGAGGCACUAUUGCGGAGGAAAUUGGCCGCCGGCUAUGGUGGUAUUUAUGUGCAACCGACUGGAUGCUGUCUCGCUAUGCCGGGCCUCAGGAAGGAUGUUAUUCCAUUCAUCCGCGGCAUAUAGCUACGCGCAAGCCUUGGAAUGUCGACGAUGCAGAGCUAUAUGAUGGCAUGCCAAACAUGGAUAAGCCUCUAUCCCAACCGACAGAAAUGUCUUACUUUCUCCAGCGAAUCCGCCUGGGUGAGAUGUGUCGCGAGCAUAUUGAUCGCAUGCCGCUAGGGAACCCUUCGAGUGAUGAUAUGGCACAUAUCGAUGUCAUGGCGAUAGAUGCCCAGUUUAUAAAGUUUCUGGAUGAGAUGCCAGAAUUUUUCAAGCUUGAAGCCACGGAAAAGGCCAACGGUGUCGCUUUAAAUCAGCGCCAACAGUCACUCACCACGGGCAUUAUCGUCCAGAGAUACAUUCUUCACUCUCUGCUUCACUCUCAUCGAUGCAAAAUACAUCUUCCAUAUAUAGCCAAGGCCCAGUCCAAUCCACGCUAUGCCUAUUGUCGAGAAGCCUGUCUCGAGGCCGCUCGACAGACUAUACUCACGGAGAGAUUGCUCGAACGUGAAGCUGUGCAGUUUGUAUACACCCGCUUUCGAGUUGCUGGAGUCUUACAGGCUGUUUUCAUCGCUGCUAUCGCUUUUUUGCUGGACAUGUGCUUCCACAAUGAUCGCGGCCAGUGUGACCCCAGGUGCAAGGCCGAGUUACUGGAAGCGUGUAGUAUACUCGAAGAUGCUAGAAGCCAUUCUCCAUUGACUGCCAGUCUUCUUGAGUCGCUGAACAACAUUGUGCAAAAAUAUAAAUUGCCUCUUCCUCAGCUUACUAACUUGAAUACUGGCACUCACAUCCAAAGCCAAGCUCUCUCGAACACCACAAAUGCACAGCCUAUCCGAGCAGUUGAAGAUAACCGCAUUUCUAUGAGUUGUCCUGGUGAUACAAUGCCGCAAUCAACUGACUCGGAUAUUUCAUCCUUUGAUUGGGAUGCGUUCAAUGAAAUGGAAAUAGACGGCCUAGACUGGAACUCGUUGCUGAGUGAGCUCGAUCUGCAAUUUCUUGCUGGUGGACGUCCGGGCGUUUGA